GCUAAAUUAAGUAAAUUACUUUGUAUGUAUUAAACUAGAAACAGCCUACGCGUUUGAAGAGGCUUUUAUUUUGAAUUCGCCACUUCCUGUGGAAAUAGUAUAGCUAGCUGCUGCUUCUGCGUUACCUGCAUUUCUGCUGCUGUACUGAAUCAAGAAACUGAUUCAGCAAGUGAGAGAUGGUUCAGCUGCACGUCAAACGAGGAGAUGAGAGUCAGUUUCUCUUCAGUACUACAGUGGAUGUCUCGAUUGAGACACUGACCCAGCAGAUCAGCGCGAUCUACAAUGGAAGAUUAAAAGUGGACAGGAUCUGCUCUGAAAUUCAAGAGCUGGCAGAUCAUGGGAUCACUCUUCCACCAAAUAUGCAGGGUCUGACCGAUGAUCAGAUCAUGGAGCUCAAACUGAAGGAUGAAUGGGAAGACCGCUGCAUUCCCAGCGGUGGUGCUGAGUUUAAGAAGGAUGAGAUUGGACGUCGAAAUGGACAUGCUCCAAACGAGAAGAUGAAAGAUGUUUUAAGGAAAACAAUGGAGGAUUCCAAGGCUUUAAUCUCAAACAAACAAGUAAAAGCAAAUGUCUGUGUUACCAUGGAUAUGGUCAAAGAGGCUCUAGACCAGUUGCGAGGAGCUGUGAUGAUAGUUUACCCAAUGGGACUGCCUCCACAUGAUCCAAUUAGAAUGGAGUUUGAAAAUCAAGAGGAUCUUACUGGAACACAGGCCUCAUUACAAGUGAUCCCAGAUGAAGAGGCUCAGCUGUGGUGGGCAUCUAAAGAACUGCAGAGGAGCAAAAAGCUGCAGGAUUAUGUUGGGAAAAAUGAGAAAACGAAAAUUAUAGUGAAAAUUCAGAAAAGAGGCCAGGGUGCGCCAGCGAGAGAACCUCUAGUGAGUGAAGACGAACAAAAACAGAUGAUGCUGCACUAUUACAAGAGGCAGGAAGAACUGAAAAAACUAGAAGAGGCAGAUGAUGACACACAUCUUCAGUCCAAUUGGUCGGAUAGGCAGGCCCUAAAAAGGCAGUUCCAGGGACUCACAAAUAUCAAAUGGGGCCCACGAUAGAUUAACAGAGAAAAUCACAAUUACUUUCUGUUUGGCACAUCAGAGACCACAGACUCUUCUACAGCAGUUUUUAUGCAAUUUGGUGCCUUCAUUACAUAUGAAAGGCAUUAAUGUGACAGUGACUGUAUGUAAAUGUGCGUGUAAUGCCAAGCGUGAGACAUAAGAUUUCUCUGUACUGAUUCACUGGCAAAAGGAUGCAACACCUUUCCUCUCUUUGUCUGUGCCUCUGGCAGUUACUCAAUUGAAACUUGAUGCUGUUUAAAGACAGGAUGUUGCUGUGCAGCUCUUAGGAUUGUAUAGAGUUCAUUUGGAGAAUGCUGAGAAGGAGUUAUAGAACAUUAAAGUAUCCUCAAGGCAGAAGAGAGGUUACAGUAUCGGGAGAUGAGGUUUCACUAAGAAGAGUCAGAGGAAAGUGGAGUGUGAUGUUGUGUAAUAAAAAAACAUUCUAUUUGUGUUCA